UCACUGGGUCUUAAUUUAUUUUUUUUGUCUGUAUAUAUUUAUAUGUAUACAGUAUAUGUUUUGGUUUUUAAAAAUGGCUAAUUCUUUCUAGACCUGAGCUGUGGAUUUCCUUGUAUCGAUUUCCUUGUAUCUUUAAAUUUGUACCUGUUUGGCUCCAGCACAAUCCUCCAAGGAUCAGUGACUGAGUGGAGUGUUGCUAUCACUGGAGCAGAACGGGGGAGGGCUGGGGGGAGUGGCCUGGGCUCUGAUCCUUGAGGACCGCCAGCCAGUCAGAGGAGGCGCCUGAGGGACAGUGACAACAGGAUCUGCUGUGCUGUAGUAACCAGCCUGGGAGAGAGGGGGCGGAGCUGCGCUCGCGGGGUCCUGAUUCUGCUGGCACUCGUACUAAGGGGGCUGGGGGCGGUGGCCAGGACUGAAACGCCACCUUUAACUAGAGGGGAAAAAAAUACAGAAGGUGACUGUGUGCAGGAGUACAGCUAACUUCGCUCGCAGAGUACGGAAACAAAACCAGAUCAGGUGUGUGUUCCUGGCUGGGCCUCCCCCCCCCAGACCUGCCCUGCAUUUCCCACCCCCGAGGGCUGGGCUUGAUCUUUAAGAGACAUCCAGAGGCUACAGAGGCCACACUGCGCUAGGCAGCCCUGCUUAACCUGCUGCGUCGCUCCUCGGGGGAACACAACUGUCAAGAUGAUGGAGGAGGUGUCUAUUAGCGUGGCCUACAAUGCCCAUGUGAUCAACCAGAUCCUGGAGGAGGAUUACCUGGCCAGCCUGGUAGCCGACUCCAGACCCAAGCCCUCGGUGCCCACAAAGAAACUGAAGAAGUUUGAAAAGGAGUACCAGUCCUUGCGGGAGACUCAGUUGCAGCAGGAGGACCCCAUCGACAGGUAUCAGAGGGAGAACCGGAGGCUACAGGAGGCCAGUAUGCGUUUGGAGCAGGAGAACGACGACCUGGCCCACGAGCUCGUCACCAGCAAGAUAGCACUGAGGAACGACCUGGACCAGGCGGAGGACAAGGCCGACGUCCUGAACAAGGAGCUACUGAACACAAAGCAGCGCCUGGUGGAGACUGAGGAGCAGAAGAAGAAGCAUGAGGAAGAGACUGCACAGCUGAAAGAGGUGUUCAGAAGGGAGCUGGAGAAGGCUGAGUCUGAGAUUAAGAAGACGACGGCCAUCAUCGCAGAGUACAAGCAGAUCUGUUCCCAGCUGAGCACCAGGCUUGAGAAGCAGCAGGCCGUGACCAAAGAGGAGCUGGACAUCGUUAAGAGCAAAGUGAUGGCGUGUGAACGGUGCCGGGAGGUCUUCAGCAAGGAGGGGCCGCUGCAGGUGCCGGCGGUGAGCAAGGACAACCGGGACUCGGACCUGGACGAGGAGAAGGACUCGCUCAAGGCCCAGCUGAGAGAGAUGGAGCUGGAACUGGCCCAGACCAAGCUGCAGCUGGUGGAGGCCAAGUGCAGGAUCCAGGAGCUGGAACACCAGAGAGGGGUGUUGAUGAACGAGAUUCAGGCCGCCAAAAACUCCUGGUUCAGCAAGACCCUCGGUUCCCUCAAAACGUCCACAAGCAGCCAGCUGCCCCCCUCUCCCAAGGAGGGGCUGUAAGCCUGUGUGAGCACAAGGGAGGAGAGGGAGAGCACAGAGUGGGACACUGGAGGAGUGGAGUCACAGGAAAGGAACAGGGGAAAACAAGAGCACAGGGUGGGAAUGCAGUAUUCCCUUUCAGGGAGCGAGACCUUGGGAUGUGGACGCGUAAAUAGCUCUUCACCCCCAGAUGGAGAGCUUGGAUGACAGACCAGCAGUGGGGGGGUGGGGGCAGUGUUACCCCAUAAGAAAUGGUUCAGGAAUUAAGAGAGAAACUCUUAAUUCCUUAAUUUUAAAGGAUAGAUGUGAUGGUUUAACAUCCAUCACGUGGAUCUGAUAAAUGCUUGAGGAUGUUUUCCAGGUUGUGGUAAAAAUCAUUCACCAAGAACCUGGUUUGGUUCAGUUUUACUUGGCAAAGUUCCACAUUCUUGCCGAAGUCCCAUGUUCAGUGUGUGUUUACCAUUGCUAGCCCAUAAGGAACGGCCCAUUUUCUUUCCUUAAUCAAAUGAGAUCCAUAAGGUUUAUGACGUCCCUGUAAUGUAACACCUCAGCCACAUACCCCUCUCACACCAAGCCCUGGCCGGAACCGGAACCGGAACCGGUGUCAGUGUUCGGCCAGAGCUGGGCAGGAGCUCACAUCAGCUCCAACAACAACCAUCUUGCAUUCACACUGCACUUGGUGCCGAAAGGGUAGAACGAUGACGUCAGUGUGUGUGUGCUGCUGUGGGAGGGAUACUGUUUUGGAAGUGAAGACAAAAAUGGAGGACCGUGCAAGGUGCAAUGAACGCAAGGCUUUUUUGAAUUUACUGCAUAUGCUAACAUUUUAUUUUUGUUGCUUUAUUUGUUAUUGUCCCCAAAACAGUUCUGAGUGUCCUUUGAGUACAUCUGCUAACGAUUAAUUCCUGCGCUUCAGCAGUCGAACACAAACUACUAUUUGAGUGUUCCAGUUAAAAAGCAGGUCGCAAUCGGAGAUGCAUUCAUGGAUGAACUAGUUGUGAGUCAUGCAUGAUAAUAUGCGCGGAUGCACAAAACUGUCACGCAUGUAUGCAUUCACCUUUAAAAAUGAUACAUGCGGCAAUCGAUUGUUAUAACAGCGCAAAUACGUACUUGUAUGUAUGACAAGAAAUGACAAGAAAUUAUCGUGCAUUUUAGCCUUUAGACCGCAAAUGAAGUACGAAUUAGCAUAUAAAGGUUAAAAUGCAUAGUAAUUUCUUUGCAAAUCAGCACAAAUGUACAUUAAAAAAGUACAGGACCCUGAAGGAACUACUGCGCAAUAUGCAUUAGUGGACUACUUUAAAGGGGAGAGUGAAGACAAGAAAACGAAACAUUUUGGUAAACUUUUAUUUUACAAAUAUACAAAUAAUCAAGAAAUAUGUAAAUCUUUCAUGUGGAAUAAAUAUAAGAAGUGAUGCUCCUGUCCAUCUGCAUUCUCUUCACCGGUGUUAAAACAAGACACGAUAGGUAAAUUUCACCCAAAUUAGAGACAUAUUUGUUUUUCAUACAGCCAACACUGUAUUUAUUUAGCUCUUUUUGACUUACUGUAUUUUUUCUUUUUUAAAAAGUCUUGUUCACGUUAUUCUGAUAACCUCUACUUUCUCCAGUUCACUCCACUUUGCUUUCCGCUCUGACUACUCUAACCCUGCCACCUGACGCCACGCGCUCCUAACUCCGGCCAAGCCGUCUUUCGGGGCCAGAAAAAUGAGCUCCAGCCCGGAUACAUCAGCCCCACACUGCUGUUAUUUUUGCUGUGAAUGCGACGCCCGGAAUUUAGGCUCAGCCCGGGCACCGGCCGUGGUGUGAAAGCCUGACCUCUACUGGUUUUCUAUCAAAAUUGCAGUUUGACAGAAUCUCCCUCCUAGAUUUCUUCAAGCACCUGGGUGAAACCUGCAUUAGCACAAACAAACAGGAUGAAGUUAAUUGACUAGCAAAAUAUAUAAACAUUUCAUCUUCACUGCAAGCCAACGAGGAGCAUUAUGUUCAAAGGUUUGUUUAUAUAGAGCUACUUUAUGUGGACAGGGGAGAGUGACAUCGCUGAUGGAUAUCCUGGUUGGCACAUUCUGUUGUCUGCAUUCCCUGCUAAUCAAUGCAAAUGGAUAUCUAUAAGUAUGACAGAUGACCUCACUUAAGGCAUGUGCAGUGGAAAAAAUUUUGUGUUCAGAAAGGGGAUACUGCAUUCAAAAUUUUUAUUUUGGUUUCCACAUUUAAAAUUUGAAGGAGCAUUGUGAUGUCAUAUAAUUAUGUAUAUCUAACUCCUAAUCAUUUUUAACCUUGUAUAGUUAAAUAAAAAGGAAUAGUACUUUGUUACUUUUACUACUUUGAAUUUGAAUGCCGUCUUUAUAAUCGUACUGUAUAUUGUGUGAAAACCCCCGUCUUGUCAAAAAGCCAACACUGCAACAUUCCAGUUCCUUGUGGUUUUGUUUAUGUUUUCGGCUGCUUUCCUGCCCUGUUUUUCCACCAGCAGAGAUGCUGAAAGUCCUUCAGAUUGAAAGAAAGUGCCACAAUACCCUGGACAUCCCAUAAUCCAUGACCCACGGGGCACAACACAAGCGGGGUGGAUGUUUGAGUGGCACUUCACAGUGUCUGGGUUGAAAUGUUUGGACAGUAGCUGUUGUCAUGUUUAUGACGUCACAGCCAUUGUUUUUGUGUUUUGGGGUCGCAGUCCCGCUCGUUUUUUGAUGUUCUUGAUAAUGGUGUUAAAUGGUUCCAAACAAGACUUCUAAGGUCUCCAUGUUGUUGCCAGCCGCUCACGAAUGUUCUGAGUAUGGUAGUUAAGGACACCUGGCAGAAAACCUGCUAUAAACUCGUGGAACAUCUUGCAAAUGUGUUCUGAGUAAGAACACUGCCUCUGGGUUGGGUUCAGGGUUUCAUUCUGCAGUUAUUCUUGCAGCCCAGUAUGAACCUUUUAAGUCGCCGUUUUUUUUUUUUUUUUAUCUGCUUAAUGUAGUCAGAUUUUGUUUCACCCAGUCAUUUCCCAGCAUGUACCUAAUGGGCGCUAGGCUCUGUUAGCACAUUCUGUUUAAUAACACUAUUUUUUUUUUUUAAAGCAAAAUGUGAACUUAACAUUAUACUAAGAAUAGGCGUCAUAUUUGUUUUUAUUUGUAAAAUAACCAAACUUCUGCCAAACUAUAAUUCCAACAGUACAAUAAAAAAUAUAUAUACUAA